AGUGAGGAGGCAUGGAAGUGGUUGUCCAACAUACCAGUCCAUACUUGGGCCAGGCAUAGAAUGGAUACUAUAUGCAAGACAGACCUUGUUGUAAACAAUCUUAGUGAAGUUUUCAACAGGAUUAUUCUGGAUGUUAGGAACAAGCCCAUAAGGACAAUGCUUGAAGGAAUUAGGAAAAAACUCAUGAUCAAGUUUCAGAAGAUUAGGGAGAAGACAGAGACAUGUAGGUGGGAUAUCACACCCACUUACUCUGAGAUAUUGGAGGAGGCCAAGAAGUGGGCAAAAUAUUGUGAUGCAUAUAUGGCUGGACCAGGAAUUUGGCAAGUUACAAGUAGUUCAGAAAAGACCUACUGUGUAAACCUAAACAACUACACUUGUGACUGCAGGAGGUGGGAUAUGACAGCUGUUCCAUGUAGUCAUGCUAUAGCAGCAAUGCAGAAGGUGAAGCUACACCCUGAAGAUUUUGGCCAUGAGUUCUUCAAGAAGCCCCUCUACUGUGAAACCUACAAGCAUAUUAUAUACCCUGUUCCAGGCCCUGAUUGUUGGCCACACACCAUGGGGGAUGACAUAUCUCCUCCAAUAUUCAAAGAAAAGAAGGGUAAAAAGAAGACAGCUAGGAGGAAAGUACAUUUUGAGGUGCCUGCCAAGAAGGAUACAUCAAGAAUUGGGACAGUGACCUGUAGCAAUUGCAAUAUGCAAGGUCACAGAUAUACCACUUGUGGCGUUCCACUAAAACCCAAAUUGCAGAUGAGAAAGAAUAAUCACCAGGAGAAUAGGUCAUACUACUCUUCAUCUACCAGAGCUUCUACAGGUGUGGUUGCACCCCCACCCCCAUCCCCACCACCACCAUCAGCACCAUCAGCACCAGCCAUAGCUAGGAAGAGGCGUGCAAUAGCCACAACUACUCCAGGACCAGCAAAGAGGAACAAGGGAGCUGCUUCUGCUACUCCAGCACCAGCCACAUCAGCACCUGCCAAGAAGACCAAAGCAACCAAGAAGACCAAAGCAACCAAGAAGACAGGGGCUCUUAGCACAUCUUCACCAGCCAAGAACACAAGGUCAUCCAUUGCUUCUCCAGCAAAGAACACCAGAGCAUCAACAGCUAGCAGAGUUUUCAAUGCUCCAAGGCAAGCUGCCAACUCUGAGAUGGAGAUUGGGUCCAAGAGGGUUAGGAAGCCAACUGGAAAGUGGAAGGCAUAUAUCACAGCUAGUGGUAACUACUGA